UUUUUUCUACUCUUUUUCUUAAAGCUGCAGAUUCAGACUGAAGGCGUUUUAUUUCAGCACAGGUUUUAUAGAAGUUAAAAUAAUUAAAUAAUGCUGGAUAUUAUAUACAGCUGGAUACUGUUUAUUUAACGUUAGGGUUUAUAAUGUUUGAUCAGAGUCUGGGUUAGAUAGUUUAGGUUAGUUUGCUGGAACUUCUGGGAUUUUCCCCCAAAACUGUGAGCACUGCUGCUUCAGGACGUCGUGAGGUUUAUUUUUACCCCUCUGUUUUUUUUAUUGGAGUCUGUAAACUUCCCCCGGUCCGUCUCUCCGUCUCUCCGUCGCCCUGUUUACCCGGAUUACUGCUGCAGAAGUAGAGGAUGCAGCUCCAGCAGCAGCAGCGGGCGCGCUAAGAUCUUCCCGCCGGACUCGGAGCUCUUCCCGCGGUUACCUCCUCCCGCUCCCCCCGCUCCUCGCCAUGGGCUGCGGGCUGCGGAAACUGGAGGACCCUGAGGACAGCAGCCCGGGGAAGAUCUACUCCACGCUGAGGAGACCACAGGUCGAAACCAAGACCGACACCGUGUACGAGUACGUGCUGCUGGACUUCAGCUUAGAAGGAAGUCGACCCACUGUGCAGUACUUGUCCUCUCUGUGUGAUCUGCCUCAGGCCCUGCAGCCCUACUACACUCAGGGCUAUGUGCUCGCCGCCCUGCAUCCCAUCAUCCUCUCCGUGGGCCGCACACGCUCACUGGCCUGCAGCCUUCUCUACCGCGCCAUCCUGGCAAGGCCACGACCGAGUAAGCAUGCUGUAGCCAUGGUCCACAGUGUUCCGGUGCUGAGGGUAGAGGAAUGGCCGCUGCCUGGAGAUUCACUGACCAGCGAUACAGUGAGAGUCCUCGUAGACCGGGUGAACAGCAUUGCUCGGGGAGGUGUGAGGUUUGUAGGCUCGGUGCUCCAGCAGGCCGGAGGAGGAGGAGGGGGGAUAAUAUGUAACGGCAGGAUGGCGAGUCCCAGACGAGGCUACCGCUCCCCACCACGCACCCCACCAGACGACCGAGAGGUGGAGGAUGGAGGAUACAGUCCAGACCUGAGGUUGCUGGUGCUGUUUCAUUCCUGGGCUCCAGGCUGUGCUCCGCUGGACACGCUGGCCUGCUGCUACCACCAGGGGGCGCUGUCCAUGCGCGUCUCCCGAAAGGGCCAAGUUGUGAGCGGAUUGGAGGCAGAUUGGCUGGAGCUGACUGCAGCGUACUACCGCAAGGGCUGGUCGUUAGUGGACUCGUUUGUGUACUGGGACACACCCAAAGGUGAACCAGUGCCCAGAUCUUUAGAGGGUCUGUUUGUGUAUGAGGAGAGGAGCACUGCACCACCAGCCAACGACACCAUCGUAGUGGAGCAGUGGACAGUGAUUGAGGGCUCGGAUGUAAAGACGGAUUACGGGCCACUCCUUCAUACUCUGGCUGAGUUCGGCUGGUUACUCACCUGUGUGCUCCCUACGCCCAUCAUUCGUCAUGACAGUGAGGGAAAUCUCGCCACCAAACAAGUGGUGUUCCUGCAGAGGCCUGUUAAAUCCCAGACACUGCGGCAGCAACACGAGGUGGGCUCCUCAGUGAGAAGAGAUGUGGUCAGUCACUCGGUCAGUCGAGGAGUGGCAGUCCCUCACGGGGAGGAGCUUUCCCCGUGCUCGGGGGGUAUCGGGGGGUUCCCUGUGUUUGGAGGGGGCUACCCCAGUGCCCUGUCCCAUCUGGAGGAGGGGGGCUUUGAGCAGGAUGACGGGGCAGCCGAGGUUACCUGUAUGUGACCAGCCUCGACCGAGCAAAUCUGCUUAAACAGAGACAUUUCUGAUCUGCAAUCAAGAUUUUUUAAUGGGAUUUUAUAAGCUUAAAUAUUAAGAGUCAAGUUUUUUUCACUCUGUCCCUUUGGAAAUGAGGUUUUGUGCUCCUUUAUUGGAGGCAAACUUUUUAGCACUUUUAAAAAAAUGUUUUUUAAGAAGCCGUAAGGUUCAAUUUUUAAUACUUUCUCACACACACUGAGGUUUCAUAGUUUCUGGGUUCAAACAGAGCUGUAAUUUUACACUUUAUGGUCCCAAUGCACUCACACACACAUGCAUACAUCACCAUGCACCAACAUCUCCCUCUACACUUACUGUUUUAGAUACAUUUAAUCUCCCCCACACAGACAGACACACACACACUCUGGAGAACAUCAAACAUCACAAUCACUCCAUCCAUUUCUGCUAGUCUUUAGGGAAACUUCACUCUAAACUUCACUGUUUCACUGUAAAUUUAUCUUUCUGGCGCAAAACAAAACCAUCUGACUCUUACGGCUUCUCUGCUGCUCCACAGGUUUCAGCUCAGUGGGUUUUAGUUUUAAAGCAGUUAGUUGUUCAUUAAUCUUCUGUGAAAUUCCAUUGGAAAGAUUUGCCUGUACAGUGUUUUAAUCUCACAGUUAAAAAGGGAAAAAAGCAAGGGCACCAUCAGUACUCUCACACAAACUCACUAAUGGAGACAGACUGGGUUUUACUUCUUUGUUUUUUUUUUUUUGCCCUGGUCCUGAAGGCUCACUGCCUUCCCAUUAAACCCUUUCAAAAUGUAUAUACAGCUCUGGAAAAAAAUAAGUUUCUUCAGUUUCUGAAUCAGUUUCUCUGAUUUUGCUAUUUAUAGGUUUUUGUUUGAAUAAAAUGAACAUUGUUGUUUUAUUCUAUAAACUACAGACAACAUUUCUCCCAAAUAAAAAUAUUGUCAUUAAUAGCAUUUAUUUGCAGAAGAUGAAUGAAAAAUGGCUUUCAGACCUUAAAUAAUGCAAAGAAAACAAGUUCAUAUUCAUAAAGUUUAAAGAGUUCAGAAAUCAAUAUUUGGUGGAAAAACCCUGGUGGUUUUUGAUCACAGUUUUUUUCAUGCAUCUUGGCAUCUUGUUCUCCUCCACCAGUCUUACACACUGCUUUUGGAUAACUUUAUGCUGCUUUACUCCUGGUGCAAAAAUUCAAGCAGUUCAGUUUGGUUUGAUGGUUUGUGAUCAUCCAUCUUCCUCUUGAUUAUAUUCCAGAGGUUUUCAAUUUGAUAAAAUCAAAGAAACUCAUCAUUUUUAAGAGGUAUCUUUUUUUUCUAGAGCUGUAAAUAUUAUUUGUAUUUCUAUGUUAUCAGGCCUAAAUCUGUGUUCUAAAGGCAACAAAACACAAAAAGACGAAAACAGAUGUUGUCCAUUGCAGUGGAUGCAGGCUCUGAAAGGGUUAAGUGUUUUUCCUGCUUUAACACACCAAUUUUAACUCAAUAUUACAGUCUGUUAAUCAGCUGAUUAGUUAGAUCAGGUGUGUUGGAUGAAUCAGAUGUAGAGAAACACUAAUAAGUACAGAGCAGCGGGUCUCCAGGACCAGGGCUGAGUAACACUUAUUCAGUUCACUAAUAGGAUGAAUUAGGAUGAACAGAACUGAGUACUGUUAACUGUUUCAGAUCUCACCAUUUUUUUUUCUUGGUGAUCAGAUUUGGUCAAAAUAUUUGAGCACGAGUUCAGCAGUGGUGCAACUCAGAAUCUCACAACUAAUCAGUCACAACAUAUUUGUAUUCAAACCCUCUUAAAGCAUGUUAACCUUGUACUUUUGUACUUUCGUCAGUUUUAAUAAUGUUUUCUAUUGACAGUGUUUAUCGUCAGUCUUUACAUUACUCUAAGCCGAACAGUAAAAACAUACUAUGCUGCUGUAUAUAGGAUUAAUAAGCCAUAGAGUAUUUCAGUCCAUUUGUGUAAUUAUGCCAAGUGUAUUAAGCCAGUGUUAUUCACCAACUGCAGUAUUUGAAUAUCUGGACAUUAUAACUUGAUUAUUGUUGCUUAUUGUUGGUGUUAAUAUUCUAUUAAAGCAGUUAUUCCAUCUUA